AUGUUGCUGCCGUCCAUUCCGAAUGAAUGGGAGGCUGAAGCAUUCACCAAAAGAUUAAAUCCGAGGAGUUCCGUUGCUUCUCGAAAAUUGAAAAAAAGUUUUCUUGAAUUCCAAGAGACAACUUGGGCAGAUCUUUACAAUCGGUACGAGUCAAAAAUAAGGAUUGAGGAUGAGCAGCUCGAUUUUCCGACGUCGGUGGUGACACUACUGAAUAAUGGCCAUCUCAGGGAAUUCUUAAGUGACCAUGCUAAGGACAAUUAUUGUCGCAAUCGUGAUAACACGAAGAGCUCAAAAGCAGGAGAAGUUCCCCCGCGCCUAACGACCAACAUGAUUUUUUGGGGGAAUGAGAUUAACAGGGUUACCUUCUCAAUAGAAAAAAAGAUGAAGGUAUCAAUAACCUACCGCAAGAGACUCCGAGAAGUCGCUGAAGAUGACAUCACUUUAACGGAGGAAGACGUAGAUGGAUUGUUGCUUCCAUACAAUGAUGCAUUGGUAAUUUCUUUAAAUGUAUUAGACUUUAAAAUCAAACGUGUUUUGGUAGAUCUAGGGAGUUCAGCCAAUAUUAUACAAUGGACGGUAAUGGAGCAAGCCAAACUUACCAGAAGCAUUAUUCUGGCCACAAAGCUCCUUGUCGAGUUCAACCUAGCAAGCGUGACAAUCGGAGGAGAGAUUCUGCAGCCCACGAAUGCCGAAGGGGUGAUGAGGACAACCCUUUUUGAGGUGUUGGAUGGUGAUAUGGGCUACAAUAUUAUCCUGGGAAGACCAUGGUUGCAUGUGAUGAAAGCUGUGCCAUCGACAUAUCACCAGUUGCUUAAAUUCCCAACUCCCGAGUAA